AAAACAGGGAAAGAAAAAAAACUUCAUCGUCUUGAAUCUUUGAAGAUGAAGCAAAAACCAGGAUUUGGAUUUCGACCAACGGACGAGGAGCUGUUAAAUUAUUAUCUGAAGAACAAGGCUAAGGGUAUGGCAUGGCUCGUGGACGACACUAUCAGCGAGAUCAACAUACUAAAUCACCAUCCAGCAUCUCUGUCAACAUUAUCGAGGAUCAAAUCGAACGAUAGUGUAUACUAUUUCUUUGUCCGAAAGCAGUACAUGAACGCGACAAAAAAAUUAGGAAGAGAAGUACCAAAUCUUGGAAAUGGAAAGUUAGUGGCCCGGUUACGGAUAUCAAAGAUAAGAGAGGAAACAAGAUUGGAGAAAGACAGGGUCUUCUGUUCGAAGACCAUGAGGCUCCUAAAACCAAGGGGGGAUUCCUAUAUUAUCUGCAAAAUAUUUGAUAAGGGUAGUAAAGAGACAGACCUUUCAAAUGGUACUAACUCGGGCGUGGCAAGUCAAUCUCCGGUCUCGGAUUCGAAUACUGUCAGAGCGACUAGCAUACCACCAGAGGAACAGGUGGACCGCUUUCCAUGUGAUGGAUCUGAUCCAAACAUGACGUUCGGCCAAAACAACAACAAGAACCCUAAUGUGCAGCUACAAACUCCUGACUUAUCCCAAGAAGAUAAUGAGUUUCUGUGUGGAUUGUCACUUCCUUACCGAGGAGUAGCUCAACAUUUGCUUUCCGAUCAAGAAAUGCAGGAGAAUUUCCUGUCAAACGAUUCUGUCAAACUUCCAACUGAGCCUGAUGAUUUUUGGAGGGAAUUAUUGCUGAUUAACGGAGGGGAUUUCAAACAUGUGUUUUCUAAUCAAGAACUCAUAAUGCAAGAGAACCGCAACGAUUUCAAGCCAAAGAAACCUUUGUCAGGGAUCAUUGACGAUUAUAACAGCGAUAGUGGCAACGAUGCUGGAUCGAUAUCUGCAACUAGGUUCACUAUCGCUCUUUCUUACGCUGGUUCAGACCUUCUUAUUUCUCUUCUACAAGUUGCAAAGGAAAUAUGUUAUCUGCCAAGUAAAAAGUAUAAGGGUGAAGCUGCAGACAUUUCAUAUGAGCCAAGUCACCCUUUUGAUUCCGAUUCGAAUACUACCAGAGCGAUUAACAGAGCGGCUGAGCCUGAGCUUCAGGUUGAGCAGCCAGCUGGUAGAGAAAAUUUCUUGGGUAUGUCUGUAGAUGAUUUGGAACAAGAGGAUCCAAACACUUACUUGCAGCCACAAGGUCCUCCUCACUUAGCCUUGAAUGAUGAUGAGUUUAUCCGUGGAUUGAGGCAUGUUGAUCCACGGAUAAACUCAAUGGUGAAGACAGAGAAGAAGAGCUGGUUUAUUACAGAGGAAGCAAUGGAGAGAAACCGCAAGAAUCCACGAUUUAGUCCGACGGGAGAGGAAUUGAUUAACCAUUACCUGAAGAACAAAAAUCUGGGUACAAAAACUUGGCUCGUUGAUGAAGCCAUUAGCGAGAUCAACAUCUUGAGCCACAAACCCAGCAAGGAUUUGCCUAAGUUAGCUAAGAUCCAAUCGGAAGAUCUUGAAUGGUACUUCUUCUCUCCGAUUGAGUACACGAACCGGAAGAAGAAUGAAAUGAAGAGGACUACAGGUAAGGGUCCUAAUGGAGUUAGAACUCCUUGGGCUAUGCACGAGUAUCACAUCACUUGCUUGCCUCAUGAUAAGAGGAAAUAUGUUAUCUGCCAAGUAAAGUAUAAGGGUGAAGCUGCAGACAUUUCAUAUGAGCCAAGUCGCUCUUUGGACUCCGAUUCGAAUACUACCAGAGCGAUUAACAGAGCGGCUGAGCCUGAGCUUCAGGUUGAGCAGCCAGGUAGAGAAAAUUUAUUGGGUAUGUCUUUAGAUGAUUUGGAACAAGAGGAUCCAAACACUUACUUGCAGCCACAAGGUCCUCACUUAGCCUUGAAUGAUGAUGAGUUUAUCCGUGGAUUGAAGCAUGUUGAUCGAGGACCAGUCGAAUAUUUGUUCGCCAAUGAAGAAAACAUUGAUGGUUUGUCUAUGAAUGACUUGAGAAUCCCAAUGAUUGUCCAAGAAGAGGAUCUCUCUGAGUGGGAUGGAUUUGAUGCAGACACGUUUUUCAGCGACAACAACAAUAACUACAACCUUAACGUGCAUCAGCUAACGCGUUACGGAGAUGAUUAUCGGAAUGCAGGUUAUAACGGAGGGAAUUUUGAAGGCGUGCAUCCCGAUCAAGAAUUAAUAAUGCAAGAGAACCGCAACGAUCACAUGCCAAAGAAACCUUUGACAGGGACCAUUGAUUAUAGCAGCGAUAGUAGCAGUGAUGCUGGAUCGAUAUCUACAACGAGUUACCAAGGAAUAUCAAGUCCAAAUAAUAGUGUUGGUAGUUCAAGCAGACGCUUGUCAAGUUGCUCAAGCACAGACUCUUGCAAAGAUCUACAAACUUGUGCAGAUCCUUCAAUCGGUCGAGAGACCCGGGAAUAUCAACUCACACAACGCACUGUACAAUCAAAACAAGAGGUGAAACAAGAGACUCCAAGAGCUGUUGAUGCAUCCAUAAACAAUGAGUCAUCUUUGGUGAAAACAGAGGAGAAGUGCUUGUUUAUUCUAGAGGACGCAAUGGAGAGAAACCGCAAGACACCACGAGUGAAGAUGGAGCAAAAACCAGGAUUUGGAUUUCGACCGACUGAUGAGGAGCUGAUAAGUUAUUAUCUGAAGAACAAGAUUUUGGGAAACACAUGGCUCGUCGACGACACUAUCAACGAGAUCAACAUACUAAAUCACCAUCCCUCUUCUUUUUCAUCGUUAUCGAAGAUCAAAUCGAACGAUCGUGUAUACUACUUCUUUGCUCGGAAACAGUACAAGACCGCGAAGAAGAGGAAGAGAAGUAUCAAAUCUUGGAAAUGGAAAGUUGGUGGUCUAGUUACGAAAAUUAAAGAUGAGAGUGGAAACAAGAUUGGGAAAAAACGAGGUAUUUUGUUCGAUGACCUUGAUGCUCCUAAAGCCAAAGGGGAGAAGAGUUCUUGGGUUAUUCAUGAGUAUCAGAUCACUUCCUUGCCUCAUCCUAAUCUGGAUUCCUAUGUUCUCUACAAAAUAUUUGAUAACAAUAGUAAGAAGAAGGCAGACAUUUCAAAUGGUAAUAGCUCAAGUGAUCCGAGUCAAUCUUUGGUUUCUGAUAUGAAUACUAUCGGAGUGACUACUAGCAUACCACCAGAGGUUGAGCAGCCAGGUCAUGAAAACUUGUAUGGUUUGUCUGAGAAUGAUUUGAUAUUACCAAUGAAUGAACAGGGGGAUCCAGCCAUGUCGUUCAGCGAAAACAACAACAACAACGACAACCUGAAUAUGCAGCUUUUAACUCCUUACUUACCCCAAGAAGAUGAUGAGUUUCUGUGUGGAUUGCCGCCUACUUACCGAGGGACAGCUCAACAUUUGCUUUCCGAUCAAGAAAUGCAAGAGAAGUACAUUGACACAGCUCCUGAGUUAGAGCAGCCAGGUCAAGAAAAUGUAUAUGGUUUGUCUAUGAAUGAUUUGAGUGUUCCAAUAUACGAACAAGAGGAUCUCUUUCCGCAAGAUGCAUUUGAUCCAGAGACUUUGUUCAGCGACUACAACCACCCUAACAUGCAGCUGCAAACGCCUAACAAUGAUGAAUAUUGGAGUGGAUUGCUGGAUUAUAACGGAGGGAACUUUGAAGAUGUGUUUUCUGAUCAAGAAUUCAUAAUGCAAGAGAACCGCAACGAUUACAGGCCAAAGAAAUCUUUGUCAGGGAUCAUUGCUGAUUAUAGCAGUGAUAGUGAUAGAGAUGCUGAAUCGAUAUCUGCAACGAGUUACAAGGGAACAUCAAGUCCAGGUGAUAGUGUUGGUAGCUCAAAUAGGCACUUUCUCAAGACUUGCGGAGAUGAGAUUCUGAGAAAAGAUCUACAAACUUCUUAUGCACCUUUCAUCAAUAUAAAGACCCAGGAAUCUCAACUCGCACAGUGCACCAUUACAUCAAAACAAGAGGUCAGACAAGGCAUGGUGAAGACAGAGAAGAAGGGCUUGUUAAUUACAGAGGAAGCAAUUGAGAGAAGACGCGAGAAUCCACCGUAUAUCUAUCUCAUUAAAAUGAUCAUAGGCUUCAUCCUCUUGCUGGCUCUCAUUAACAACAUCAUAUGAGUUUAACGAAGCAUCAAUUCCUAACUAGUCACUCUCUCUAAACUUAAAAUUCUUCUGAAUAUAUAUGUGUGUCAGUGUGUAUUAACUAGAGAUGAGACUCAAUUGUUCUCAACCUUUAUAGCUUACAGAUUUGGUUAUAGGACUUUACUGUGUCUGUUUCUCUUCAAAUUGGAAAUAUAUGUUGCUUGUGUCU